AGUAGUUUGAACGCGACACUACGGUUUGUUUAUAGUUAUAGUGUAAGUAUAGUUUUCUUUUGCCCGUAACAAUAUUUAUCGAGAGUUACAUAGCAAUGGACAAGUCACUGUGUGCAGUAACACGUGAACAUGUUAAAAAGCAGCUCAUUUUUGUUUUGUGCGGUAUUUCGUUCAGGGAGUAAGGAGUUCACUAAACGACUUUAGCUUGUGCAUGAGCAGAUGAGUGCUGCAACUGUUCUCGGUCCCUGCUGGCUUAAACAAUUCCAUAUAUAGGCUUCGGAUGUGGGUGUAGCAGCAGAAAUGUAAACAGAAACACAAUCCCACAGACAGUAACACGUGGACACUCCAAAACAACAACAACAACAAAACAAAAAGCUGCAGCAAUGUCGUCGCCUGAGCAGCUUGUCGAGAUUGUCAUGGAAGACCGAUCAUACAAUGUGAGUAAGAGCAAGCUGAUCGAGAAGAGCGACUACUUCCGGGCGCUGUACAGCUCAGGCAUGCGGGAGGCUGGAGAAGAUUCAGUGCAACUGCAGGGACUGAGUGUCCCAGGCCUCGAGCUCGUCCUGGAGUUCAUUAACACCUCCGAAGUUCAGGUGGUCAACGAGACCCUGGAGGAUCUGAUCGAGGUGGCGUCUUUCCUGCAAGUGAUGCCCAUCCUGAAACUUCUUCUGUCUGAAAUCCGUUUAGACAAUUGUGUCGAGGUCUUCAACCUCUCAGAGAUCUAUGGCACCCACGAGCUGCGCACGGCAUGCCUCAAGUUCAUGAGCUGCCACUACCACGCCAUGCUCCGCAGACCCGAGUUCCACACUCUGCCCGCUGAACUGUGUGGGCAGAUCAGAGAGAUGCGGAUGAGAGGCACUGCCACGCUGGUGGCAGUCGGAGACUUUGUGGGCACCUGCCUGGGCACCGCUGGUCAGGAGGAGCCGUGGUCCAUGCUGCGCUACGGGGAGCGAGAGCAGCGCUGGAGGCCGCUCACCAACAACCUCCCUCCAGACAUGGUUAAUGUCAGAGGGUAUGGUUCUGCUGUUCUUGACAACUACCUUUUCAUCGUCGGUGGCUACAGAAUGGAAAGUCAAGAGAUUGGUGCAGCACACUGUUACAAUCCGUGCAGAAAUGAAUGGACUGCUAUAUCUCCUUUGAACCAGAAAAGGGCAAAGUUUAAGCUGGUGGCGGUGAGUGGGAAGCUGUAUGCAGUGGGAGGACAUGGGUUAAGUACAGUGGAGUGCUACGUUCCUGAGCAGGAUUGGUGGACCUGCGUUUCCUCCAUGCCUGAUCCGUUAACUGAGUUCUCUGCAUGUGAAUGCCAGGGCAUGAUCUAUGUUAUGGGUGGUUACACAGCCAGAGACAGGAACAUGAGUGUGUUGCGCUACUGCCCCACAUCAGACACGUGGUCUGUGCUUCACAAAUGUUCGGCGCAUGUGCGGAAGCAGCAGAUGCUGUCCGUAGAGGAUGUCAUCUACCUGGUGGGUGGCUACACACGUGAGCUGCAGAGAGCCGAGCAUGCCAGCGCCAACCCUGCCGAGGAUGUGCUGACGGUGCAGUCGUAUAUCGUGCACAAUGGUGAACGGCUGCGGCUGCGAGCGAGCGCAUCAAAGUCAGGCCUGAACCUGACUUGUGCUCUGCAUAAUGACGGCAUAUAUAUCAUGAGCUGUGACUUUGGACCGCGCACCAGCCUUGAGCACCGUGUCUUCCUUAAAUACAACGUGUUUAGUGAUGCAUGGGAGGCCUUUCGACGCUUUCCCCCACAUGGCCAUAACGUCCUGCUCUGUUCUCUCUACCUUCCCAACAUCCUUUAAACCACGAGAAUUGAAGAUAAUGUUUGUGAAACCACACAUGAUGAUAAAGGACCUGAAUCUCUGAUAAACACUACAGAAGGUGGACUGAUUCAUAAUUGUGCUAGAGCUGACCUAAGUGCAAUAACAGUUUUUAACACUCUGUCAUACCUGUGAAAGCUAUACCAGUACGAAUGAACUGAGGAACUUUGUAGAACAUGCAGGAAACACUCACUGGGAACAAAUGCACUGCUGUAGCAGUUUUCUCAAUUUUGCACAAAACCUACUAAUGCACUUAGUAAUGCACACAAGUAUUUCUGUAUACACAGGAACGUCACUGACACACAGGUUACUGAUGCACUUGGCCAUUGAGCCAUGGAUUUACACAGCCAUAAUUGUGCUUGAACACUAGAAGUUCUAAUAGUCAAAAAGUCACGUCCAGUGAACUGUUAAAAAAAAAUGACCACAUAUGCCUUAAAUUGACCACAAACAUGACCAAAACAUAUAACUUUUUUUUAAGGGUUAGUACAUUAGAUGAAGUAAAAAGAUCACAGUGGCAUUUUUGGUAGGACAGGUUUGGUGUGCCUUGACUUGUCAUGAAUAUGUGCCUUAAAGAGGUCAAUAAAACAUGCAGGACUAGUAGGUGAA